AUGGAUGCGAAGCCUCAGCGUAUCCGCGUCCGCGGAGACGAAAACGCUCCACCUGCCAUUCACAAUAAUAAAACCAUCCAUCAGCGUAACAAAUCUAUGUCAGCAUUGAACGUGACCCAAAGCGCGAAGAAUGGAAAUCGACGGGCAUUCGGUGAUGUGAGCAAUACCAAGGAGCUUUCUCGUGCCAGUCGCGACGAUUCGGCUCUCAAUAGCAAGCCGACCUUGCAGGUAUCCGAGAAGCCAGCUCUCUCACAGCCUGCUCAGCGCCCAAUGUCAGUGUCUGGCGUCAAAGGUGCCUUAAACAAUGUCACCACAAAGCCCGUAAAUCCUGCCGGCAAAGCGCAAGCAGUUAAGUCUGCCAAGCGAAGCAAUCCAAUCUUCCGUGACAAUCAUCUGGAACCCGUCACCGAAAAGGAACCAUAUAGGGAAGCCGCGCCCGUUCGUUCUACUCGCGGAAGUGAAUCAACCAUCGAGGAACAGCCUGUAGCAAAGGGUAUCAAAACGAUCCCAGACGAGAAAUCAAAUGCUAUUGUCUCGGAGCAGGCAGAUACCAAUUAUGAAAAACUCGCGAAAACCUCACUAGAGUCGGAUGCCACGCUUUCUGAUGGUAUCGACGAGUCCAAGGCGCCCGCGGCUGCUGCCUCAGCCAAGCAACUCGCCCCAAUCGCCUCUGAACCCGAGGAGUACUGGGAAGAAGAAGAUAGCCAAACUGCCCCUUCUCUCUCCCGAACAGAUAAUACCACAGGUGGCACCACUACCAUAAUUUAUCCACAAUUCUCGGCAGCCACCAAACGCCAGAUCCUACAAGCUAAGCACAUUGUCGAAGAUACGCGCACCGAGGAAGAUAUAAUCGAAGACUUCUACGACUCUACCAUGGUCGCAGAAUAUAGCUCCGAAAUCUUUCUCCACAUGCGCAAUAAGGAAGCCGAAAUGCUUCCCGUUGCUGACUACAUGACCAACCAGGCCGAGAUUCAAUGGUCUAUGCGUUCUGUUCUCAUGGACUGGCUAGUGCAAGUGCACCACCGUUUUAAUUUGCUUCCUGAGACCUUGUAUAUCUGCGUUAACUACAUCGAUCGCUUCCUCUCCCACAAGAUCGUUUCCCUUGGCAAGCUUCAACUGGUUGGCGCCACUGCACUUUUCAUCGCUGCCAAGUAUGAGGAAAUUAAUGCUCCCGCCGUGCGGGAGAUUGUCUACAUGGUCGAUGGAGGUUACACUGUUGAUGAAAUCCUGAAGGCUGAACGCUUCAUGCUUACUAUCCUUGACUUUGAGCUUGGAUGGCCCGGCCCGAUGAGCUUUCUGCGCCGCAUCAGUAAGGCUGAUGACUACGACCUCGAGACCCGCACAGUAGCCAAGUACUUCAUUGAGAUCACUAUCAUGGAUGAGCGCUUUGUCUGCACGCCUCCUAGCUUUUCCGCCGCUGGAGCCCAUUGCUUGGCCCGCUUGAUGCUGGCCAAAGGAUUCUGGACUCCUGCCCACGCAUACUAUGCUGGAUACACCUACGAGCAGCUGCUUCCUGUCAUGACCACCAUGCUCGAGUGCUGCGAGAGCCCCCAAAGCCACCAUCAGGCUAUCUACGAGAAAUACCUCGACCGUCGCUUCAAGCGUGCCUCACUAUUCGUGGAAGCCGAGGUUCGCAACGAGUUUGCUCUUGAACCGCCUACCUCCCUCCGCAAUCCUGCACGCCUAGAUGGCACGGCCAACUACUGA